AAAGGGAAAGUAAUGUUUUCAUUUUGAACUCCAAAUAGUUUAAGUAAUAUUUAAUAUUUUUUGUACUGCCAGUCUAUUUUUGUAAUAGGUCUAUUGCACCGGCAAAAAUGUUAUAUGUAUUUUAGAAAAUAAAAUUUGGAAAAUAUUUUUUAGAAUGGCUCAAAUAAAUUCAAUGAAACAAAUAAGUGCGCGGAACAUGGGCUUUCGCGUAAAUAUUAUGAAAUGGAGUAACAAAAUGGAUCUCAUUGCAAUAGUUAGCAAUGAUAAAGCUGAAGUAAUAAUUCAACGGCUUAAUUGGCAAAAAAUUUGUACUUUUUUACCAUCGAUUGAGAACGUCAAUGUUAAAGCUAUUUCGUGGCAACCAGAUGAAACAAUAAUCGCAGUUGCAUAUAGUAAUGGAAAAGUUGUGCUUUUUGAUGUAGAAAAAGACGAUGAAAUAUAUAGUUUUGAUCUCAAUUAUGAAAUUGAAACAUUACAUUGGACAAAACCAGUUUCUACUUCAGAUUAUGCAGAUAGUUUUGACUCCAAAAACGAUUUAAAUUAUGAAAAUUAUUUACCGCCUUUGCCAAAUUUAAAUUCUUUGUCUUCAUCAGCGAGGAGAAACACAAUAAAUUUUUCAAAGGGGUCACCCUCUUUCCUAAUAAUAAGUUUAGUUACUGGUGAAAUUUGUAUUUCUGUUUUGGGUGUGCUACCAUGUGGUACAAUUGAUAUUAAAAAACACCUACAAACUCCAAACGAUUAUAAAAUAUUAGAUGUCCAAAUGGGAUCAACUUUUGAUGAAAUUAUUCUUUUUGUUAAAGACGGUUUACAAAUAAAAAUACUUGUAUUUAAAAACAAUGUUUUAUCAAAAUACAUAAAACCAUUACUAAAUUUAGCAAGAAAACAUGGGCAUAUUUUAGAAACCUUGAGCUAUAUAAAGGAAACAAUUCAAUGUAUUGUUGAAGCUUGGGAGACAGUAUUAUUAGAAAUGGACAACAAACUAACAAAGUAUGCUAAUUCUCAGCCAGAAGGUACAAUUUCAGCUGAUUUUUUGGAACUUUUAAUGUUCGGUGUAGCAACUCCUGAACUAGAAAAAUUUCUAACAAGGGAUUUAACUGAAAAAGGGCUUAAAAAAUUGGGAACUUCUAUUGAAUUAAGUUAUUCAACUAUUCAAAAUUUAGUUGUAAAACCCUUGCAUAGCGCCGCUGUAAAAUUAUUUUUCCAUUUAAAUACAAUUAAAGGUCUCAGUGAAAACACAUAUUUUUACAAAGAUUUUCUUACCGUUGAUACAACUGAAAAAGCAAUUUCUUCAGCUGGUUCGUUUUUGUUAAAAAUUCUUGAGUUACAACAAACUAUUGAUCAAUCCGUAACAGAUUAUAAAAUCUUUUGGUGUUGGUUAUCAGUAGUUAUUGUGAGGUUAUUGGACGAGCCUUUACCUGAUGAUGUUGCAGCCGUAACUCAAGAAGAUAUUACUUACUUAGCUGAAUUUUUAAACAAUUUUGAUGAUUGUAUUUUUGAAAAAGAUGGAACUCAAGUAAGAAGGAAAUUCAAUUUGGAACGUGUUGGGCAAUAUUUGGAAGAUUCAAAAAUUAAUUUUCCUCAAAAAUGUGAUAACUCACAACAAUGGAAUAAGUUACUGAACGAAAAUGAAUGCUUACAAAAGUCAAAAUAUAUAUUUUCGCAUCAUGCAGAUGCAUCAUUGAUUCAAGAACAUAAUGCUUUAAAAAAAUCAAUUCACAACGUAUUCAUAAAACCAAAUGAAAGUGUUGGAGAACUAUUUAAAUUAAAAUCUGAGAUAGAUUGCAAUAUCAUUGAUGUUAGCAAUUUUCCUGAAAACUUAAUAAAAACAAGUUUUUUUAUUAACAAGUUCAAUCAAUCAGAUUUAUUAGCAAUUUCAGUGAAAGAAAAAGAAUUGAUAUUUAUAGAAAUGCUGCCACAAGAAAAUAUAUUAAGAGCUAUAAAUAUAGCUCUUUCGUAUACAACACGUGUUCCAUUUGGAAAUAAAAAUGUCUUUAAUGAUAUGAAUUUAAAAGACUUACAGUUUUAUAAUGAAACCACUUUAUCAAUGCUUGUAAAGGAUAUUUCUGAAGAUAAUAAGAUAUCACACUAUUUUAUUCAAUUUCCAAUUGAUAUUAUAAAAAGCAAAUGUGUUGUUCGAAACAUAGACAGCAAAAUAAAUUUAUUUAAUGAUUUACCACGGGUUCAUAUUUUGGAUAUUUUAGACGUAAAUUACUUUAAACCCAUUGACGGUAAUUGCAACGGCAUUGCCGUUUCUGGGAGUAGAAAGGUCGCAUCUAUCUUAUCUGAUAAUUGUAAAAAAGUUCGCAUUUAUGAAAUGGAAAUAGAAUACGAUGAUGAUGAAGAAGUUGAUAUGUCAAGUCACAAUAACACCCUAAUGGAUAACAGUAAAGAUUCUAUAGCAUUUAAUGAAUAAUUUUUGUAGAGAAAAAAGAUUUAAGUACAAACGAAACUUAAAACAAAAAUUUUAUUGAGUGCCCACGUAUAAAAAUAUCUAAUAUUUUAAUGAGCAGAAACAAUUAAUUUAUCUUUUCGCAUUCAUGUAUGUUAAUAUGAAUUUUAAGUAUUUAUGAGACAAAGUUGUUGUAGAUUGUGAAUUUGUACAACGGUACAAUCUACAAUCUACAACACACGCUCGAGACCCACCCUCCUGAUGAA